UGAUGAAAAUCUGGAUAUCAUUUUGAUAGUUGAUCCAAGAGAGAUAUUUUUCUAAUUUGGCAUUUUAUUUUAUUUGGUCCUACAAAAUGUGUGAUUGUGAAUCAAACAGAAGUAUGGAUGUGAAAACGCCUCGAAAUGUAUAUCUAUCAGGAUUUUACAAGAGGAGUUUUGCAUUUUAUACCAUCAAAAAUCGGAUGCCCGUUAUUAUAACAAGUUUGCUGGACAAUUUAGCAAGGAACAAAUUGAAACUUGCUGAAAAAUACGAGGAAGAAGCUAAAGAAGAAAUAAAAACAGUUAUAGGACAGCUUUCCAAACUCAAAUAUGAAAUUCAAACAAAUAAACCUUUAAAAUUGUUGUCAAGCCAAGCAGCUGAUGCAAAAAUAUAUAAUGAAUACAUUACCAGGCAGGCUAAUGAAGAAGGCCAUGCCACCUAUUUUCACACCAUUUGGCUGUUAGCUGAGUGUUAUAUGUACAGAAGAAUAUGGCAGAUAUUUGAGACAAUGUCUGUUCUCAAGAAUUUUGAUCCAUUUCAAGAUAAGAAAGAAGAAUCAUUUUUUACUGCCUUGCCACUCAUAGAACAGAUGGGAAAAUAUUUGUGGGAUAGCAUACAUGAUUCAACCACACCUAGUGAAGAUGAAUUUGUUCAGUUCAUGAAGCUCAAUCUAUGGGGAAAUAAGUGUGACUUGUCUCUGUCCUUAGGAAAAGUGACUGAAGAAAAUACUCUAUUUGAUAUAUCAUCAUUAGAUAAGCAAAUAUUGAGUGAUUACUCAACAGAUAUAUGGAAAGCAAUUUCAGCUUGUGAUUCUUCCUCAGAUAUUGUUGAUAUUGUAUUUGACAAUGCUGGCUAUGAGGUGUUCACAGAUCUCUGUCUAGCUGAUUACAUGAUAGCAAAACAACUAGCUAAAACUAUAAGACUUUAUGUCAAGACAAUACCUUGGUUUAUUUCUGAUGUAAUGACACAUGAUUUCCACUGGAUGCUACAACAACUGAAAAGUCAUGAAAAUCAUGUGUUGCAAAAUCUGGGUGAAAGGUGGCAAAGCUACAUAGAUAAUGGUACAUGGCUAAUUGUGGAAUCUGACUUCUGGACUUUGCCAUUUGACUAUACUUAUAUGGCCAGAGUGGACCAGAAUCUGUACAAGCAAUUAGCAGAAGCAAAGUUGGCCAUAUUCAAAGGGGAUUUGAAUUAUAGGAAGCUGUUUGGGGAGAAAAAUUGGGACCCCACAACAUCUGUUGAUCAAGCAUUACAGAAUUUCAAUCCAACCAAACUGGCCAUUUUACGUACAAUCAAAGCAGAUAUUGUAUGUGGGCUUGAGGAAGGAAUAGCAGAAAAAAUAGAAGCUGAGGAUCCAAAGUGGAUGGAAACAGGAAAUUGGGGGCUCAUUCAAUAUUCCAAUAAAAUAGUUGAGAUCAAAUGAAAUUAUCAACUGAGAAACUGGAUUGUUGAACCAUUCUCAAAUACUAUAUGUUGUGAUUUAUGGGUUUAAACAAAUGAACUGAUACAUUUCAUCAGCAAGUAUGAAGAUUCCAGGAUCAGCAAAACUGCUGGAUUGGUGGGAUAUCUACUUCAUUUUGUUAUUCUUUGUUUCAAAGAACUGGGGUUGUAGCAGAGAACAGAGGUGCGAUUUUAUUUUGACCUCUAUCCUUGCUCUAUAUAGGGUGUUUCCAGCUAUGGUUGUAGACUACUUCAAAGGUUGACUUAUGUCCUUUCAGUAAAAUAAAGUUCCUAUGAACA